CUUAAACUUUGUAUAGCCCAAAGCACGUUUGUCGUCUUAGAGUUAAUAUAUUGUGCAACCCUUAACCCGUGAUUUGAUUGGUAUAACUGUAAACUUGGUAUACUAUGUAAGGUAUUCCCUAUUUGCGUAGGCUAAAUCUGAACUAACCAACCAUCCGACAUACCGUUGUCCCACACAGUGUUUUAAUUUUGAAUUGUCUGUUCUCCUGACAUUAUUUAACUGCGAAACGGUGAGUGUUAGGUUAUAUUGUUAUAUCGUAUAGCGUUUCUUUGCUAUGAUAAUGAAACAGGUGAUAAUUGGGUGGCUUGCAGUAAUAAUUAUUUUUGCAAUUCAUUAAAAAAUAUAUAUUUUAUAUAACUGCAUUCGUAUAUACAUUUAAUACAUUCAAAAGCGUUUAAACAUGCAAAGAAAAACACAAAACAAACUGGUUAAAAAUAUAAGUGCCCCAGCUAUGUUGAACGCAGGCUUAACUACUUUGCCGACCAAUAGACAGCUAUUACAGCUGUAACGCAGUUGUGUAAGAAUUCUCAGUGGAAGAAACCCUAACUAGUGGGUAUUUGUAAAUCCGCUGGGUUCAUGGUGGUAUCGUGACAUCUUCGCAGGAAAUGCAUGAAUUUCAAAUUACAUUUGCCGUAAAAAUGAAUUCAGAAUAUAUAAUCAUAUUAAGCAUCCAAUAUGUCCGGAGUUUGUGUAUUUGUGUUUUAUUGUAGGUAGCCUACUGUUACAGUAUGUGUGUUUGUGUGCAUUUGGCCUGUAUAGUAUCUGGUAUUAUGUCAUUUUGUUUGUGUAACCUAUGUAGAAUUUCUAUUUUUCUAGUUUUGUUAACUGUCUAAUACUGAGCUAUGAAUGAGGAGGAAAACCAAGAAUAGCUAGUGAACAGAAACAUUUCUCAAGAGAAAGGCCAGCAGAAGUUGUCCCUCCUCAUGGAUGAAGAGGACAGUGUGGAAGAGGGAAGCAGCGACUCAGAGGAAAGUGUGGGUAGUAGGGAAGAGGUCGAGGCAGAGGAGGAUAGAGAUGAAGAUGAAGAUGGCAGCGAUGAAGCGGAGGAUGGUGCUAUGGAGGCAAUAGAAGGUGUUGCAGCCAGAGUCCCUGCACUGCUGCAGGACCUGACAUCAGACGAUGAUGAUGCAGAGAAGUGCCCCAUCUGCCUGCACUCCUUCCAGGAGCAGCCAGUGGCCACUCCCAUGGGCUGCCAGCACCACUUCUGUCUGGACUGCAUCCUGGAGUGGUCCAAGAACGUGAACUCCUGUCCUGUUGAUCGCAUUGCCUUCAGUGGCAUCCACGUGAGGAAGUGUUAUGGGGGAAAAGUCCAAAAAACGAUCCCAGUGCAGGAACCAGUGAAAAUGGUGGAGGAGGAAGUCAAUGUGGAUUUUGAGCAGACCAGCUGUGAAGUGUGCGGUCGAAGUGACCGGGAAGACUGCCUGCUGCUGUGUGAUGGGUGUGAUGCAGGGUACCACAUAGAGUGCUUGACCCCUCCACUGGACGCAGUGCCGGUAGAGGAAUGGUUCUGCCCAGAGUGUACUAGUAAUAACCCGCACACAGACUCUGCGGAGGAGGCGAGUGAAGACGAGGUGGCAGCCCUCCUGAUGGACGCCGCUCCCACCACCAGCCGCCUCCGAACCUCCGCGGCCGGCCGGACACGCAGCAUCGCCCGAACGCGCCAGAGCGAGAGGGUGCGAGCCACUGUGAACAGGAACCGCAUCACACAGGCGCGUGCUAUCCAGCAUGUACCCAGGUAUUUAAUUCAGUCAACCUGGCUGGAUGAGACGAUCAGUGCCGUGCUGAACUCCUCUGCAUGUGCACGCAGAGGACGGACAGGUGAAAAACAUAGGAAAACUCAGAGGAAGAAGACAAGUACAGAAACCUCUUCCUCUUCCAGCAGUAAGAACAGAACUGCAGGAAAGGACACAAAGCUCCAUAGAGGACACCUCAAGACCAAGAAACCUGGACAGAAACAGGUGGGGAAGAAAGACCCCCCCGCCCCUCAUUCUCGCAUCACCAAGAGCUUGACAACGGGGAAGCUGAAGCAGAGCCCCCCCACUAGACCCGUGGGAGGCCAUCCCAAAAUCAGACCUGCCUCCCUCUCCAUAUUUGAGGAUCCCAUGGAUUUGGACCCCUUUGAUGACGAGAGCAGUGAAGGGGAGUCUCUCCCCCUGAUGGACACGAGUAGGCGGGGCCUGUCCCACUCUGCCCUGCGGUCUCACCAGCCUGUGGCCCGGCCAAUUCAGCAUGGUCUCCCCAGGCACAGCAUCAGCACGUCUGAGGGAGACACGAUGGAGGAUUCAGCUCCAGUACCUGACCUACUUGGCAGCAUCCUGUCUGGCCAGAGCCUGCUUUUGAUGGACAGCUCUUCCAUGGUCAUCAACAGAGAUGGUUCUCUCAAGCUAGGAAAGCCAGCCUCUGCAUCGUCAUCAAAGUCCAGUAUUUCCAGCCAAGCCAAUACUUCUGAGUUGGAGGCUGAGGUCCACGCAGGGAUGGCCAGUGGAUCUGGGUUGAACGGAGAUGCAGAGCCAUCCCAAUCUCUCCCACACAUACCAUCCUCAUCGCCCAGCUUUCCCGGCUCACCUCUAGCUAAGCCUACGUCUCCUCUCACACCUCCCAUCAUGCCACAAAACACAAAUGUCUGCACACCAAACCUUGCACCUGAAAGUGCCCCUAAUGUCUGCGUGCCCCACCCUGUGAAUCCUGUUGGCUUGAGCCAGAGCAGUUGGAGCGAAACCAGCCCCAACAGGCCUUCCCUCCCUCUGAUGCACUCAAAUGGCACGUCUGAUUGGUCCUCCAGGCGAAAAGGCGUGGAUACAGGGAUGGGAACACUUAAAAAGGACCCUCUCAAACCCUUGUGGCUGGAUGUGUCCCAGCUGCCGCGGAUACCAAAGAUCAGAAAAAGAGCAGACAGCAGGACUGGCCUGCAGGGGGCAACCUGGGAUGAGCAGGGGGAGGCAGAGGCCAACUGGAAACAGAAGCAAAGUAGAGCAGGCACCUCCUGCACCUCCUCCUCAUCCUCUUCCUGGAAUUUCACAUUGAAGCCAAGCUCCUCUUCUAUAGCAAGCUUCUGCAGUAGUGACCCCAGGCAAACCAAAUGCCCUACCAGCCCUAAGGGGCAUGUUACCUCCCUGGGGACUGCUGAGAAUCGGCUAUCAGAGAAGCAAAGAUCGAAUAUACAUGACCCCUUCCACCCCAUGAGUUCUCAGUUACUUGGCUCAGAUGGUGUCCCAGAGCGUGACGCUCUGGACCAGCAUGCAAAGGGUGUGAUGCCAAAUAAAAAAGCGGUGGAGCCAUACAGAUCUGAAACAAGUUAUUCCACAAAGGAGAGAAAUAAAUACUUAGGAUACAGUGAGACUAUAAAGAUGGAAAGAUUAUGCAAUCAGAAUUUGCCCCAAGAAGGGGCGCCUACUUUUUGUAGCAGCAGAGCAGGUGUAUCAAAUGCAGACACUGAAAAAUGCGGAUCUGAGAAAGUGCUGUCAUCGCAGAAACAAGACUCCAUCUUGCACAGUGAGAAGAAUAAAUCAGAAACCAAGGCUCAGCACUCCAUGUCAUCUUCAUGUUCAGCUGCAAGGGGGAAAGCCAAUCUAGACCUGAGGGGCGAGCUGAAGCACUGCCACCCUAGGACUGGCGAACCGGAUGACAACCAUAGUGACACCGAGACCAAGAGGAAGAGCAGGGAGAGGUCCGGGUCAUGUUCCCACUCCAAGGAGAGGAAGAGCAGGGAGAGGACCAGGUCCUUUUCCCAUUCCAAAGAGAGAAAGAGCAGGGAGAGGACUGGGUCUUGUUUGCACUCCAAAAAAGAGAGGAAAAGAGUGCGAUCCUCUUCAGAGAGCUCACUGUCUGAGUCUACUGAGGAACCUAGGAGGAGAAAGAGAUGCUCACUGUCACGUUCCCCACACAGAUGGCCCCACUCUAGAAGUGGUGACCCACCCAGAAGUGGGAUACACAGUAAAAUAGAUCAUGAAUUGCACAACAGGAAAGGCAAUGAGAGCCAGGGCUUCUCCCAACCACAGUUCAGGUCCACAUCUAAAUGUAGAGACAGUAGGAAAGACCGGAUGUGCUCACAGACCUCAUGUAGUUCAAAGGACAGGUCCAGGUCAAAAGAUGGGAAGAAGGCAAGGUCCAGAUCUCUGUCAAGAGAAAGGAAAAAUGAAAAAGACACAUCACAUAGCUCUCACUCAAAAGGCUAUCGGAUAACAAACUCUUUGGCAUCUCCUGCAGACAUGGAAAACAAGCAUAGGCCUGUUUCUCUCAAAUAUCGAAAGGAUCUCACAGACCACAAAGAAAAGCAACAGAGGAGACACCUUUCUCCCAAAGACGUGAGCGAAACCGAAAAAUUAAAAAAUGCUCCUCUUGGUCGAGUUAAGGAGGAGAGCUCUGCUUUUGUGUUUCACAGCAAGAAAGGGCAAAGUAGGGAGGAGAUCAAAGAAAAAGAAAAAAAGGGGAAAAGAGAAAUAAAACUAGAUUCAGAGAAAAUGGCUGACACUGAGCUGAUCUGGGUACAGUCACAUAUAAAGUCUUCCUGCCUGUCUCAGAUGCCCUCUUCUGUGGACACUGAUCCUAAAUCUUCUAUUCUGCCCAUAGGAAAAAAGGAGCACUUCUGCAAGGUGACAGAUAUUUCAGGUAGUGUUUCAGCUCAGAGAGGGUUUGUGGCAAAGCAGGGGAAAGAUAUGAAAGAAUGCCUACUAGUUACCGACCUGGAGAAACAGCCAAUGGAGAUAUCUGCAGAGUACAUUGAACAUUUCUGUUCGGACUUCACCCUCAAUAGCCUGCGUGUCAGAAGGCCUGAUAAGGCAGAAGUAACUGGGACUGCAUGUGACACAGGCAGAGCUGUGAUUGCAGGUGCCAUGGAGGCUGCUCUGCCUACGGACACCCCUGUGACUGUAGGUGCCAUAGAGGCUGCCAUAACUACAGAAACCCCCACAACUGUAAGUGACAUGGAGGCUACCAUGACUACAGACACCCCUGUGACUGUAGGUAACAUGAAGGCUGCCAUGGCUACAGACACCCCUGAGACUGUAGGUGACAUGGAGGCUGCUAUGCCUACAGACACCCCUGUGACUAUAGGUAACAUGGAGGCUGCCAUGGCUACAGACACCCCUGUGACUGUAGGUAACAUGGAGGCUGCCAUGGCUACAGACACCCCUGUGACUGUAGGUAACAUGGAGGCUGCCAUGGCUACAGAUACCCCUGUGACUGCAGGUAACAUGGAGGCUCCCAUGGCUACAGACACCCCUGUGACUGUAAGUGACAUGGAGGUUGCUAUGCCUACAGGCCCUCCUGUGACUGUAAGUGACCCUAUGAUUACAGACACAUCUGAGGCCAUUGGUGACCCAGAGAACACUUUGACUACAGACACACCUGAGACUAUUGGUAACACAGAGAACACUAUAAUAACAGACACACCUGAGACUAUUGGUGACACAGAGAACACUAUCAGAGUCAGAGAGAACUGUAUAAUUACAAACACACCUGAGACUAUUUGUGACGCAGUGAAUACUGUGAUUACAGACACACCUGAGCCUGUAGAUGACACAGAGAACACUUUGACGACAGACACACCUAAGACUGUAGAUGCUGUGGGAGAUGCUAAGAUUAUGGGCAGGCCUAUAGUCAAGCAGGAGGGCCAGCAAGCACUCAAACCUGCUGUGAUCAUGGCCUUCAGUACCACCUCUAGACGCCCUGUGAAGAGGGUAACCUGGAGUCUGCAGGAAUUGGAUGCACCUCCUCUACAACCAACAAUACUUCCUCCUAAUACCCUGAGACAUAGUGGCAAGGAUGCUAGCCCCUCCCAGUUACAGGCCAUAGAGAAACGGCACCUGCGAGAGAGAGCCAUUGAGGAGGUAAAACUGGCCAUCAGACCAUUUUUUCAGAAGAAAGAAAUUACAAAGGAUGAGUACAAAGAAAUCUGGGGCAAAGCUGUCCAGAAGAUUUGCUGCAGCAAAAGUGGGGAGAUCAGCCCGGAGAGAGUUGCCAAUUUGGUGAAGGCUUACGUGGAAAAAUACAAGUUUCUCAGAAAACAGCAGGACAGGCAGAGCCAACAGGUGGAGGAGAGCCUGUGAUACAAAAGGGUGGAGUUAAGAGGUGGUGUGGGACCUUGGCCAUGUCCGAAACAGGCUGCUAACUACUGUGUCCUGAACAUAUGUACUGUCUACUAAACAUACUGCCUGCUUAUAUUAGGAUGCAAUGUGCUCCCAAAUUCAGACUUGAGUGCACUGGAUGAGAAAGUUAAGUAUGCAACAUUUUCUCUCAAUGUUGUGUACUUAUAAUUUGGUGUUCCGGAAAACAAAGAAAAUAAAAAAUAAAAUUUACGAGGUCCCACAGACAGGAUGGAUGGAGCCAUCUUUGGAUCCAAUCACAGUCCAACAGAUCAUGGAGGAAGAGGCGAGGGCUUUUUAUUACAAGGGCGGAUGCCCCUUUGAUAUACAAGAAAAGCAGAACCAAGAGGGGGACCCUGUCAUAUAUAUGAGGGGGGAGCCAAGAAGGAACUGAAACACUGAAGAGAAGGCGGAGCUGGAAAAUCAAAGGGGUGGAAGAGGGGGUGGAGCCAAAAUGGUGAGGGGUCUGUGGUGCACUGAAGACCCUAUACUCAUUCACAGGAAGCAGCUGUUCAUGGCCUCCCUGUGUAUUUACAUAUUGCAUGCUAUUUUCAUCAUGGGUAUAGAAAUAAUAAGUUCUCGCAUUUAAGACACAGUUACCCAGGGAUGACUUUGUCUUGGAUUACUUGGAGGACGAUAAUAAAAUACUGCAUUUACUUAUGUAAAACUGGGGGAAAAUACAUGUGUUCAAAUGCUGAGGCAGUGUCCUAUACCUUACAGGUAGUUGUUAUUUUCUCAUCACGCUCCAUGCCUAGCAUAGAGCCUUUUCUGUAAAUUAUGAAGAAAUGCAGCAUUCAUACUGAUUUAUUUUCUCAUAAACAGCUUUUGAAGAUUAUUCUGAAAAGCAAUAUUUUUAAAUGGUAUGUUCCUAAUAAUUAUGAAACUACUGUAUACGGUGUGCUUGCCUUUUUUGCCUUUCUCUGAACAUAAUUCUGUUUCAAACAAUGAGAAACAGAGACAGCAGUUGGCUGUUAGUCUAAGGGGUUUCCUUCUUUUCUUAAAGACAGUAUCUGUUCUUUAAAAAAAUGAUGUAUUCCAAUAUUAGACGUGCCUCAUCACUAACCAGGUAUGGUAUGGCUAUGAUGUUCUCAACAAAACUGAACAAUUUUUUUAUUUAAAUAUUUAUUAUAGACUCGUGUAAAUACAACAUAGUCCACUGUGCAUUAACUGUAAAUGUACAUACAGGUUAAAUGGUUACCAAGCAACUGUUUCUCUUUGCAUCUGAGAUACUGAGUGGUGUGUACAGGCAAUCCUGGUCCAACCAGUUACAUCUCAGACACACAAUGAUGGAUUAGUAUUUUUUGAGCCAUUUGAAAUGCAUGCCAUUCAGUUAACUAAAAUGAAUGCCACAGAGAAUGUGUAGUGCAUGUAACAUUUAGGGCUCUUCCAUUUCUUUCAAUUCUAUGCUGUUUUUCAGGAAGCAUGUGUUAAAGAUACUUUUCACCUGGAAUGCAAUAACUAUUGUGCAAAAUACAUUUUUA